CUCAGUGAAGAGUGGAGAACGAAUAGAGAUUCAAUCCAUUCAACACAGCAUCUGAAGCACGAUGACACCUCCAACCUUUGCUUUGUAUUUCACAUGUCUGUUCGUGGCGAAUAUGGCUCAUCUGACAUAUUUGAAACGAUCAACAUUAUAUUCUCAAUCAGUUGGGGAAAGUGUGACUUUACCGUGCCUCUGUCAAGAUACUGUAGCUGUGAUGUUUUACUGGUAUAAGCAAACUCUGGGACAGAAGCCAAGGAUGAUGUCUACCUUCUAUAAGCAUAAUAAUAACGCCACCUUCAAUGAUGAAUUCAAAAGCAAUCAACGUCUCUCACUGGACACUGAAAAUGGUAAAUAUAACCUGAGGAUAACAGAUUUGCAGACUUCAGACUCUGCUACUUACUACUGUGUAAGCAGCAAUUUAUAUGACUUUGAAUUUUGUGAGGGUGUCACUCUCAACGUAAAGGACUCAAGUUUGAACAUCCAGGCUUUGGUCCAUCAGUCAGAAUCGGAGACCAUCCAGCCAGGAGGCUCUGUGACUCUCAACUGUACAGUACACACUGGGACCUGUGAUGGAGAACACAGUGUUUACUGGUUCAAAAGCUCUGAAGAAUCUCAUCCAGGACUCAUUUACACCCAUGGAGACAGGAAUGAUCAGUGUGAGAGGAAACCCAACACACAAACACACACCUGUGUCUACAACUUGCCAAUGGAAAGUCUAAAUCUUUCUCAUACUGGAACCUACUACUGUGCUGUUGCCUCAUGUGGACACAUACUGUUUGGAAAUGGGACCAACCUGGACUUCAAACAUGAUGUGACCUCUGUUGUCUUGGUGUAUUUCAUGACUGGAGCUUUGGCAUUCACCACCAUCCUGGUUAUUGUAAUGGCUUUCUCAGUGUACAAGAUGUAUAAAAGAAAGUGCCAUUGUACAGCGUCCUCUGCUCCUAAUACAGAGUUAUGUCAAGAUGCAGACAAUCUUCAUUAUGCUGCUUUAAGGGAGCACAAGGUCAACAAAUCAAGAAGACAGAGGGAUGACCACCUGAGUGAAUGUGUGUACUCCAGUGUAAAGCAGUAGAGCUGGACAUGUUUAUCCAUUCCCCUGAAACACCAACACUUAUGUCAAUCUAAUGAAUAUAAAUGCUUGCCUUACAAUAAACUAAGCUCCUCCGUGUAAGAACACCUGUCGUCUGUUCGAGGGUUUCUUUGAAG